UGGGAGUGCAGCGUUGCUAACCGUGUAGCCUCGGUGAAAGCCAGCACACAAGUCUUUGUCCUGGGAACCAGUCCCCAUGCGGCUAUCUCUCUGUCCGUCUCUCCAGGGGUGAAACAGGCCAACAUAUCCUGGGAGGCAGGCUUUGAUGGAGGAUCAGCACAGACAUUUUCAGUUUGGGUGAAGAAGAUUUCAGUGAAUGAUAAUGAAGGGAAGCAGGAAUGGUUCUCUGUGCCCGUGCCCCCUUCCUCUGGCACCAGGUGGCAGGUGACAGGCCUGUCUCCUGUCACCGACUACCAGUUCAGCAUCCUGUCUCACAAUAAAAUGGGCACUGGACCCUUCAGCGAGAUCGCCACCGUCCGUACCUUGGAUCCUCCACAGAGGAGAAGUAAACUAAAGCCCCCUGCGUCGCUGUCUGCUAAUCAGAGUUCAGAGGGUGUUGUUCUGCAGUGGUCCCCUCCUGAAGCUCAGCACCCUCCCAUCACGGGCUUUGUUCUCCAAUCCCGCACCGAGCAAGGGGAGUGGUUUAAUUUGGACGAGGACAUCAGUGCCAACACUAGUGAGAUAGUCGUUCCGGGUCUGCACAAGGACAGUGUGUACGAGCUGCGGCUGCUAUCUCGUCGCGGGGAGUUGCUGAGCGAGCCCAGUCCAUCAGUCAAUGUCUCCACUAUGGGGAUGGAGAUAUAUCCCGCAACAUCCCGACUCCUGGAGUUCGUCCCGGAACCAUUACUGGCCGGCGUGCUGGGCGGGGUCGGCUUCAUGUGCUUGGCACUGGUCUUGCUGCUGGGGUCUGCCUGUGUCAUCAGCCACAAGAGGGACCAGCGCCGCAGAAAGGAGGAUGAGCCCCAUCCUGCCAUCUAUAAAUGCUCCCCAUCAAUAAAGACUUCAGGCACCAGCAGUCCAGACAGUGUGUUGAAGAAAAGCCUACUUCCAGCCAGCAUCCUAUAUCCCACCACUUCCUCUAAUACCACCUCCUCCUCCUCGCAGACAGACUGUUCCUCCUUUAGCACUGACAAUCAUCAUCGGCAGAAGCUCCCAUUGUCCAACUACAGCAGAGGCCGCCUUACUAGGACAACUUCUCUGUUUUCUCCUCAAAUUGAGUUGAUUGCUAGAGGUCCAGAUGGGCGCUUUGUUCUUUCGCCGUAUGACCAUGACACGCUGAGUGUUAACAGCAAGAAAAGCGCAAGGUAUGACCAACCUGGUAGAGUCCGAAGGUCUGUUUCACUGCACUCGGAGAGGGAUGACAGGAAAGAGCCACCGUUUGUGCUCUCUGUUGAUCUCCCACCUUGCAAAACCGCAAACCAGAUUAGUGGCAUGGCCCAGCGCCUGCCCUAUCAUGUCCCUUAUAUCUUUGAUCAGAAGGCAAGCUACGAUGUCUUUCCUGACCUCAGCAGCAUGUGCUCAAACAAUAGUUUGGCUACCGUUCUUCAUCCCAACAGAGAACGUACUCCCACAUUUCCAGUGCUCCCACAUAUCCGAUCCGGCCUAGGUCAGCCAUCUACGACCGCCAGCACUCUGGUUCUGCAAAUGGAGCACGAGCGGGAGAGAGGAAACCUGAGUCACUGCCUGAAACUGGCUCAGGAGAGGGAGGAGCUAGAGAGGGAGCUCCAGAAGUACACGCUGGAAAGGAGCUCCAUGAGAGAAAUGAGGAGGGAGCAUUCAGACUCAGAGAGAAGAGAGGCUGGUGGUUAUGAGCUUUUGUGGGAAUAUAAGAGCAGUACCUUGCCACACAGAUACCCCCAGGGCAGCAAGGAGAGCUUCGGCCUGUCACCAAGCCAUUUCUCUUCAUCUUCUGUGGAUUGGGAACCCCGUCCUCUAAUCUCAGCCCGGACCUCAUUUCAACCAUUUCAAUUGGGCAACCAUCGUCCCACUCCAUCCUUCACCGAACAGACACCACUCCAAUCUGAGGAGGCAGGCAGUUUUUCCAAAGACAGAUUAGCUCUCCCACAUCUACCCUCAAAGCACCAGAGACAUGAAAGGGUAGAGGCAGCACCAGAGGGCUAUGAUAAUUUACCACAAUACACACUCUUAGAAAUGCAUACGAAUGAUUCAUGCUCUGAGGCACAGGGACAGAACAAUCUUAGUCAUGGCAGCCUUUCAACGUUGUCUUUCCAUAGCAAUAAAUAUAAAGAAAGAUCUAAUUUGGCUCUCGAUUCAGUGCCAGACUCUUCAAAAGCGGAGGUAGCGUUCCCAAAGCCCACUGAUGAAGUUGUGUGUGUUGAGAUGAGUGUGGAUGAGCCAGAGUUGGAGGUAUGUGUAAUGCGGCCUACAAAGCCCAUGCUGCACCACAGAAUCGCCUCUCAUGUGCAACAAGGGCACUCGCUGACUCGCAGAGGCCGGUAUGAAGACAUGAGUAUGAGCUUUGAUUGCCGCAGCCCUGAAUCUCUGGAUAAUAUUAUCCGGGUCUCAGCUUCUCCGCAACCACCAAAACUCAGGAGAGCUGUGACCAAAGGCUCCAAAUUCUGGGACUCUAAGCAGCGAAGUCAGAGUCUUGACUCGAGGAGACGGAAAGAGAGCAAUUUCCUGACUCCUGAUGCAUGGAUAGACUCUCUCAGCCAAGAGAACUGCUCUGAUACAUCUUCCUGUCGUCCAGACUCUCUGUCCUGGGAAUCCCAGAGCUCUCCUAGCAGGAAACUCUCCAAAUCUUCUGCAAAUUCUCCUUCUGCUAUCCAAGCUGCCUCCCGUUCAGCUCCUGCUGUGCACUCUAUAUCUCCAAGGAGUAGUCCAGAGAGACCCAUACCAAAUCCUGCUGUGCCUUGCCACUAUGGCUUCUUUCCCAAUGCUGCCAAAUGGUCAUUUGCCUACCAGGAGGCCACAAAAGUUGCAGGAGAUUCCUUGGAGGUCAUGAGGGAAGCUUCUAUAUACUUACCGCCCAAUAACAAUGAUGAAGAGGGACUAGAAGUGGAAGCAGGAAGCUACGAUGGAGUGCCAGAGUCCGGGAACAGCUACAGCAGCUAUGCCAGCAGUGGCCGAGGCAGCAUGGAGCCCGCUAAUAGACGUCUUUCCCUGUGUCACCUUUCCCCAACCCUCACCAGCUCACCUGAGACUGUAGAGGAGAGCCAGGGGAGCACAGAGGACAGGCACAGUCACCAAAAGGAACCAGGCCAAAGCAGGAAGGCCUCAGUUGACGAGAAUUAUGAGUGGGAUGCUGUUGAUUUCUGCUCGCAGCCUAGAGACCGUGACGACCUGCUUCCUUCAUUGAAUCUACUGAAGUCUGCUCGGUGCUGUAGCCUUCCCAGCAUGCAGUGCUCCACUAAGGCACUGAAAAAUUGCACUCAGCUCUCUUUGCUCCCGGGCCAUCAAAGCAGCUGCUCUGCUGAGCCAGAACCAGACACCGUGCUGUUCUGACAGCGCCAGCCUUCGGCUCAUCUCACCUAGUGUGUCCUUUCACUUAUUGACUCACAAGGCGACAAAAAGUGCAUGUGGCAGAGAGUGAGCUUUUGACUGAACAAUUCAAUUCUCUCUUUUUAAAACCAAAAAAAAGGAAUGAAUUGCUUGUCUCUAUGUUGAACUUCACUUGAAAAAUAAUGCUUUUCAAAAAUACAGGUUUCCGCAAACGUAAUGGAGACACAAAAUCACAUUUAUCCAUAUGCAGAGCUUUAAAGGUUUGUUUCGCUUGGUGACCCAUCACCAUUAUGCUCUUGACAUUUUCUUUUGAGACAGUCUGCCAAUCUGCCGAUAUCAAAGCGUUCCACUGUGCUGAUGGAUUCACUGCAUUCUCUGUGUGCAGUUAGAUAUGCAUUCAUCAUCCAGGGAUGACUCAGUGGCCACACAAGGGACAAAACGAUCUCCGUCAUCAUCAAGUGACUGGUUUAGGCUAUGCUGGGGAUGAUUAAGUCUUUUGAUAUCAUCAAUCAUCUUUGAGUUUAACAAAAGAGGUGUUUAUGAAAUGCCAUUAAAUAAGGAAGAUAAAUAGAAAAUAAAUGGUUAUUCUGCUAUAGUUUCUGUUUCUAAAAGUGUAAUUUUCCAACAGAGAUCAUUAUCUGCUUUCUUGCCCCUAAAAUACUGUGGGUCUCUGGAAGCCAAGAAUCUGCUCAGUCUGGAGGAAAGCCUUAGCUCACUCUCCAGGCCGUCUUGUUGUUCAGCGAAGCAAGACCUCUAAUUAUGUUCGGUAAUUGAAGAGGGUCAAGUCAACUUGUAGGGUUUGUCUUUGUUUAAUUUUUAUGGACAUGAAGGGAAAUUAGCUUUUAUUUUUUAUUUUGGCUUUAAUUGGCCAUGGGUCAAUUCACUGAAAGAUGACUGCAUUUUUCUCUCAGCAAAACCUGCAUUAUACUCACACAGCUGUUAACACUGACACCUUGGGAGCCAACAGUGGUGCUGAAAAGCAGCACCAGUUGAGUGGUUAAACGCCUUGUUUGAGGGCAUGUCAACUGCAGGUACUAAUCACAUUCUCUUAGGGCUGGGCGAUAAUUCACCGUUACUGUUUAUAGACAUUCGAAUUGCAUAGCAAUCUAUUGUUUUACAAAAUACUGUAGUCCAUGAAGAGUUACAAGAAAGUUUUAUUUGAGUGCUCAGUCACAUCAGUAUUCAUAGUAUUUAUAACAGCAAAGUCUCAGCCCCAAAUUAAUUCAUUUCAAUGGAAACCAUAUGUUCAGCGGUUUCACUCGAAGUGGGGAAGUAAAAUUGUGUGGUGCUUAAUGCCAUAUUCUUUUUACAGUAUACAAGAGUUACUGUAAUUACAAGUUUCCGAUGUGUAGAAAGUGUUGCUGUCAACAUCAAGUUGUAAUUAUGUCUAGAAAGGAUUUUUCUGAAAGCUCCAAUAUAUCCAACUUGAAGUUGUGUGUGUGUGUGUUGCCAGCUGUUAAAAAGAAGUCAAGCUGAACUGACUCUAACUUGCUUUAUCAGUAGCUAUAAUUAUUUUUCAAGUUGCUCUCAUCUCAUAAUAUGAACCUAAAUCUGUCGCUAAUUUCAAAAAUCUUUUUAUGUAGGCUUUGGAGCUAAAAGUGUCAUGAAUAGAGAGCAUCCACACACUGGAAUAAAUUCACUCUUAUACACUCACCCUUGUAUUUUGAGAGAAAACCUAACCUAAAUAGUCAAGGUCAGACUUUUAGAGCAAAAACGAAGGAGGAGGUCGUCGGACAAACAGUGGGGAUCAGUGAUUGGUCGUUAGGUAUGCACAUUCACACUUCUGUCUGGCUGAUGAUUAGUUGACUGAAGGUUCUGUUGCUCUCCUCCGCUCACUGAUCAGUCAGUCCACAGAGCCACUGCCACAUGAGAGCACAUCAUCAGUAACAAAUAUUGGUGACUCUCUUUAAGGAACAACACUAAGGGAGGCCUACCCUUGCUUUAUGUAAAAGUAGGCCACAUGCACCAAUACAACAAUGAAAAAAUAAGCACAAUUUACAGCAUGCAUUUACAGAAUUGCUCUUGUCAGAAUAUUAUACAAUUGGAUUAUACUUAUUGCUGCAUGUGUAAGCAUCAUUUCAGUGAUGUAGCUGAAUCUACAAAUAACACAUCAUAAUUUGUUAAUUGAUUAUAUUGUGUAUCAAUAAAUGAAUCUGCAACACAACUAGUAACUAAAGCUGUCAGAUAAAUGUAGUACCUUAAAAUUGUCACAACUGUUUACUACUAUGUAAGUACGUACAUUUACUAAGUACUGUACUUAACAAUAAAUGUAAAUGUGUAAAUGUACUACCUCCUGCCAAUGCCUUCAGCACCACCUGUUUGGCACCUGUCUGGUGUGACUGGGCACUCUCAUGUGUAAAGAUCUGUUGUAAGGAGUAACAGUGGAACACAGGUCAUUACAUCCAACAUUAAUUUGAUGUUUUCAUAUGUGACAUAUCUGCAAUGGACUGGUGACCUGUACAGGGUGUACCCCGCCUUUCGCCCGAUGCCAGCUGGGAUUGGCUCCAGCCCCCCGCAACCCUGUACACAGGAUAAGCGGUUGAUGAUGGAUGGAUGGAUAUGUGACAUAUAUCCUCUAUUGCUGUGCAUAUUGAUAUUGGAAAACUGGACACACUAAAACCAUUUAUUUCACCAAUCCCUACUUCCCAACAUAGAUUAAAAUUGUUCCUGUUAGUUCCGGGGGAUCAAAACCAGCGAUUUGCCAGGCACUAUCCCGCAACCGCUGCCUCUAAACCUGCUGAGAGAAACAUACUUAUGCCUCAUGCUCUCUUUUCUUCGUGAACAAUGGAGGAAAAAAGGAAAAUUGGGUUUUGCUUGCUGCUCUAGCUCAAGGCCUUCACAUUAGUCAACCAAAUAAUUAACUCUGAACUCCACAGUGUACCAGAGCAUUGUGGGGUAUCCAUCCUAUAAUUGAAAUUCACUCAUAGAGGCAGCAUUUACAGCAAAUCAAUGUUUCACUUCUGAAGAACAUUUUCAUUUUCUGGUGUACACAUAUUGUACCUCAAUUCCAUAAAUGAUCAAACCCCAUGUGCUGCUCUGGGGAUUUGUAGUCAGCACUACUUUUUUGCCUACGUUUUUGAAAUUGAAUCUAAAUAUUGUGCUUCCAAUACAUCAAACAAGAAUAUGUAUGUGAAAAUAUUUUUUCGUAUACUAGAUAUAAUUAAAAUAAAGAAAGUCUGUUA